CUUUAGUCAGGCGAUCAUUGUGCUCAAGGGUACAGCUCCAGUUCACUGACCUGGGAUCAAGCUUGUUCACUGUCCAAUCAGGCGAGAAGCGUGAGCCUUGCAGGAGACCAGAGAAGGUCGACGCUUUGAGGAUGAGAGCUGUUGUGCCGCCUGCCCCCCUCCUCCUGCUGCUGCUGGGUGCUGGCAUGUUGCCUCUCCUAGGAGGAGUGCUGGCGUGCGAGCCGGACCAGCUCGUGCAGGGCUGCAGGAUCGACGAGGACGCCUGCGUCUGCGGCCUCGGCUGCGACACCACCUUCAGAUACUCCACCCGUGACCAGUGCCAGGCCGCCCUCAAGGGCGAGGUGAGGGACGCAUGUGAGGCGAGCCCCUGCGCGCACGGCGGCGUGUGCUCUCAGACAGUGAAGGACCCCGGUUACCAGUGCCUCUGUGCCAACACGGGGCACUACGGACACACUUGCCACAAGAAGUGCCCCACGCCCGAGGAGUUCAGCAGGAUGGACGCCAACACCAAGUUCCCCAUCGAGUGUAUGGUUAUCUAGCUGCCACGCGUGACCUUGUCAGCGGCUCUGGGUGCCGCCCUCCCUCCGUCACUUCCACCCUAGCUCUCCCCACCAACAAUCAGUAAUCGCCG